AUGCGUGCUGUGUAUCACUUUUUGGCUGUUUGGAAUAUUAUUGUAGACAUUCAAGUUCUCAUAUUUAUAAACAAAUUGUUUAAUAUCCUAUCUGGGGUAACGGCCUGCGAAGAUGAACCUACUGAUUUGGUAGAUUCUUGCAAAGACUACGGACAAAUUCCAACACUUGCGCAUGACAUUGCUAAAGAAGGGUCGGACAUGACGCGUGAUAUCCAUAUUGCCGUAUCGAAAAACUCUUAUGAUGGUAUGAUACGUACGAAGUCGUUGCCGGACACAAGUGAGGUGCUUCACAGAGAUGUCGGAAAAGCUUCAGACCUUGUUCAGCCUGGUGGUUUCCGCCGUAAUCAUGUCAUUACAAAUACACUUUAUAAGAGCACAACUAUUCCACACCAAGUGCACAAAUCGCUUUUGACGUCGAUCGGCCCAAACAGCAUGCUGCAAUCAGCAUACCGCGGCUUUGUCAAUGAAACUUUACAUCUUGGUGACGAGUACAAUGAAGAGUUGACACCAUUAUCAAGCAGCUUUGACAUAUCUCAGCGCGUGGCUUCUUCGAGAGGAGCGUCUGUUACAAAAACAGUUUUUACGAUCUUCAAGUCUUUCAUCGGCAGCGGUAUUUUGUUCUUACCAAAAGGAUUUCAGAAUGGAGGGAUGCUGUUUUCCAUCGUAGGACUUUGCAUUUCCGCAGCACUUUCAACUUUUUGCAUGCUGCGCCUGGUUGAGUGCUCAAAUUAUCUCUUUCGCAAUGGCAAGCAGCCUAACGUCACAUAUGGUAUCGUUGGGGAACAAGCGUUUGGUGUGCUGGGCCGAAAUGCAGUUAACUUUUCUUUAGUCUUUUCGCAAAUCGGAUUUUGCUGCUCCUAUCUUAUUUUUGUCGAAAAAAAUAUUGGUGAAGUAUUGCUGCACGCGUUUAAGCUCCAAAGCUCACUCUCGACGUCGUCAUGGACGCUUAUCCUGCUUCAAAUUCCACUCUACACACCUCUGGCAUGGGUGCGUCGAUUGGAGUAUUUUGCACUUACAAGCUUACUUGCGGAUGCUUUAAUUGUGUUUGGUCUCCUCUAUAUCCUCACUUACACUGUGAACACACUCGAAAACGCAGAACAUGGUGACUUGACAUGGCAGUAUUUUAAUUCCGAAAACUGGGCUAUGUUUCUUGGUGUUGCCGUCUACUGCUUUGAAGGCAUCGGUUUGGUACUGCCGAUAUACGAUUCCAUGGAUGAUCAGAUCAAACAUAAAUUUCCUGUCAUUUUGUCAUGGUGUGUAGUGUCAAUCUUAGUCAUUUGCAUUCUGUUCGCUAGCACAGUAUACGCAGCUUUUGGAAGGAACACACAAUCGGUAGUGACUUUAAAUUUGCCCAGUUCAAGUGUAAGCACAGGCACGAUCGUUGUACAGGUUACGUACUCUCUGGCACUGGUAUUGUCGUACCCGUUGAUGUUGUAUCCCGCUGUAAACGUUCUGGAAUGCAAAUUAUUUCCUAAUCAGCACGUCAAAGGAUUUUGGCGAUGGGAAAAGAAUGGCCUUCGCUUUGUGCUCGUCUGCCUCACAGCCUUUAUUGGGUACUUCGGCAAAGAGGAACUCGAUAAUUUUGUGUCUAUCAUUGGCGGCUUCUGUUCUGUGCCACUUGCUUUCAUUUAUCCGUGCAUUUUUCACUCAAGACUUGUCGGAAGUGGACAUAUUUUGAAUGGUAUUUUGGUUGUCAUUGGUCUGUGUACAAUGAUUUUUGCUACUUCCCAAGCAGUUUCCACAUGGAAAUGA